UUUAGAGGUGACCGAUAAAGGGGGGAGGGAGGGGCAGGGGAAGCGUGGCGACCGACUCGACUGCGGAGUUAAAUCCACCCCGCGGAGCACCAGAUCUCGCGCUGCAAGUCGUCGCCCGUGCGUCUUGGGGAAGAAGAAAGCCUUCGUCGUCCCCGGGAGCGGGUAUAAAUACCCCCACGAGGCCACGACUCUCCCCAAUCCCCUAAUCCCCAGAAACCCCGACCCCGGUGAGAGAGAGAGAGGGAGAGAGGCGAUGCAUCUCUACAACGCGUGGCUGCCGCCGGUGGUGGCGGAAGAGACGAGGCGGGAGGAGGAGUCCUUCGCGGCCGUGGUUAGAUCGGUGAAGGACUUGUGGCGGCGGGAUGAUCCCGACUCCGUCUACUCCACCCUCAAAUGGAUCUCCGUUAUCAACAUUUUUGUGAAAGCAAAGAGUGAAGUGUCUCCGGCAGACGUGAGGGAGCUUGUGGAGUUUGGUUUGGAUUUGUUUCACUCCUCACAGAACAAACUACAUGUCCAGGUGAUGAUGCUGAUGAUGCUAUUGAAAUGUUAGAUGGGGAAGCGUGUUAGUCAAGCUUUUGAUGAAACAUGGGAAGAAGCUAGGAUUAACUAUUGAAUGGAGACCCUUCUAUGACUGUCUGACACGGACACAUUUUAAAAGAAAUACUGGCCCUGAAGGAUGGAGGUUGAGACAACGACAUUUUGAGACCGUGACAUCGCUUACUCGAUCCUGUCGGAAGUUCUUUCCUGCAGGUGCUGCUGCUGAAAUUUGGUUGGAAUUCAGGGCUUUAAUGGAAAACCCAUGGCAUAACUCAGCCUUUGAGGGUUCAGGAUUUGUGCAACUCUUUCUUCCUGUUAACUCCGAGAAUCAGAAUUACUUUACAAGUUGUUGGAUCAAGGAGUGCCUUGAUCUUUGGGAGACACUACCGAAUUGCCAAUUUUGGGAUAUUCAGUGGACUUCUUUUCUUGCACGUUGUAUAAAGAGUUGCAAGGCUAUUGACUGGGAACAGUUCUUGCCUGCACUCUUUUCUCGAUACUUGAACAUGUUUGAGGUUCCUGUAUCAAGUGGAAGUGGAUCAUAUCCUUUCGCCCUGGAAGUUCCUAGAAAUAUGAAGUUCUUGUUUUCCAGUAAGAGUGGCACUCCUGCUAAGGCUAUUGCAAAGUCAAUCGUUUAUCUCUUGAAGCCAGGUAGCUCAGCGCAAGAGUACUUUGAGAGUCUGGCAAAUCUACUGGAACAAUAUUAUCAUCCCUCAAAUGGUGGUCGCUGGACUUACUCUCUGGAACGUUUUCUUCGGUACUUAGUAAUUAACUUCCAGAAGCGACUUCAGCAUGAGCAGCUCAACCCGGACCAAAACAAAGAAGCUGAUAUCUUCUUGGGAAAGACAGAAAGGGCCUUAUUUGUUAAAGUGCUGUUGAAAUUAAUAGAUCGUGGUCAGUACAGCAAAAAUGAAUCUCUUGCCGAAACAGUUGCUGUUGCAACUUCUGUUCUGUCAUAUGUGGAACCAUCCUUGGUCCUUCCAUUUGUUGCAUCUAGGUUUCAGCUGGCAUUGGAGACUUUGACAGCCACCCACCAGUUGAAAUCUGCUGUCACAUCAGUGGCAUUUGCUGGUCGUGCAAUUUUUCUUGCCUCAACUUCUGCUCCUCAAGCUGAUGAUCACAACAAUUCUGAUGCUUUGGUGGAUCUAAUAAUAAUCUCUCUCUCCAAUGCAUUACUUGGUAUGGAUGCUAAUGAUCCUCCGAAGACCUUGGCAACUAUGCAGUUGAUUGGUUCCAUAUUUUCCAAUUUAGCUGUGGUUGGCGACAAUGAUGAUGGGUCUUCAUUCCUGCAAAGCAUCAACUUUUCAGAAUGGCUAGAUGAGUUCUUUUGUCGCUUAUUUUCUCUACUUCAACAUUUGGAACAAACUAGUAUCACAAAUGAGGUUCCUCAAGCUUCAAUUUCAUCAGGAACGUUUCUUGUAGAGGACAGUCCAUACUAUUUUUGUAUGCUCGAAAUCUUGCUUGGGAAAUUGUCCAAACCUUUGUUUGAUCAGUCUUUGAGAAAAAUAUCCAAGUUUGUCAACUCAAAUAUUCUUCCUGGAGCUACCACCGAAGUUGGCCUUCUUUGUUGUGCUUGUGUUUUGUCAAACCCAGAAGAGGCAGCAGUCCACCUUAUUAAGCCAAUCUUAACGACCAUAUUAUCCUCUUUUGAAGGAACCCCAAUUUCAGGUUUUGGUGGUGGAAGACGUUUUGAUGCAUCAGUUUCUACGAAGAUGCAGGCUGCACUUUCACCAGCUCUUGAAACAGCAUUAGAAUACCAUCUGAAAGUUCUUGCAAUAGCCAUAAGUUAUGGGGGAUCAGAGCUGUUGCAGUUCAGGGAUAAACUAAAGGAAGCAAUCGGAUCUGCAUUUCAGGCCCCUUCUUGGAAGGUCAAUGGAGCUGGCAAUCAUGUGCUUCGCUCUCUUCUUGGAAGCCUCAUUCUCUAUUACCCCAUUGACCAGUUUAAGUCUUUUUGUAGUGAGCCUGGUUCUUCUUUAAUGGAAGAAUGGCUUUGCAGCAAAAUUAAUGAGAAUGAAAUGAAUGAAAAAGCCAGUUUGUUUCCUCGAUGGCAUGUUCCUACUCAGAAUGAACUUUCUUUUGCAAGUGAGCUCUUAGUUGUUCAUUUCCAAUCAGCUCUGGAUGUCCUUCUCAGUAUUUGUCAGACUGAAAUGCACACUGAGGCAGGCGAUGAGAAGGAACACUUGAAAGUGACUUUAUUGCGCAUAUACUCAUCACUACAAGGGGUAAUGUCAUGCUUGCCUGAUAUGCGACCUUCCUACAAAAAUAAAGGAACUAAGGACACUGAUUUUAAUUAUUCUGUUAUUGCGGGAGCUGUUGGGUCAUGUAUUGGUAGUGCAGAAAUGAGGGAGAGGGCUGCUCAGCAGAUACAUGUAGCUUGCAAAUAUUUACUGAAAGAAAGAUCAGAUGAUAGCAUACUUCUUAUACUUAUUAUUCGUGUCAUGGAUGCUUUAGGGAAUUUUGGAAGCUUGGAAUAUGAAGAAUGGUCGAGUCACAUACAGGCUUGGAAAUUGGAGUCUGCUGCGAUAAUUGAGCCUCCAUGUAAUUUUAUUAUUUCUUCUCAUGCUAAGGGAAAAAGAAGGCCAAGAUGGGCACUUGUUGACAAGGCAUACAUGCAUAACACAUGGAGAUCCUCACAAUCAUCAUAUCAUAGGUUUCGCACAGAUAGCAAUAUAUCUCCACCUGAGCACUUGGUUCUUCUAAUGGAGGAUCUUCUGGAUCUCUCUUUGCACAACUAUGAAACAGUUCGCUCACUUGCUGGAAGAUCUCUUUCAAAGAUGCUGAAGCGAUGGCCAUCAUUGAUUUCCAAGUGUGUUCUCACCAUGAGUUCAAACUUGCAGGAUCCAAAAGCACCAGAACAUGUAGUACUAGGUUCUUGUGCAGUUCUUGCAACACAAACGAUCCUCCGACAUCUGUCAAUGGAUGCAGUCUCAUUCUCAGCAUUUAUCAUUGGUCUUCUAGCUAGUUCCCAUCAUGAAUCACUGAAAGUUCAGAAAGCUAUAACUGAGCUGUUUGUUAAAUACAACAUCCACUUCUCUGGAAUAUCAAGGAGCUUUUUCAAGUCUUCAGGUACGAACCCAGAGGGGCCAGAAUUUACUGAGUUGAUUUCACAGAUCAGUUCCUUAGGCUUUGACAAUACAAGCCUGCAUUGGAGGUAUAAUUUGAUGGCUAACAGAGUACUUCUUUUGUUAACUUUGUCUUCUAGAAGUGACUCACAUUUAUCUUCCAAAAUUUUGGGACAAACUGCAGGACAUUUUUUAAGAAAUUUGAAAAGUCAACUUCCUCAGUCAAGGAUACUCGCAAUUUCUGCUUUAAACACUUUAUUACAAGGGACACCUCACAAAAUCUCAAGUCAAGAGCAGCAACAGUCUGAGUAUCCAAAAGAAAAUAACAACCUCUCUACUGAAGGAAUCUUGAAUGAAAUACUAAUGGAGGAUGGAUUUUUCAGUGAAACGCUUAAUAGCCUUUCUCAUGUCCAUAUAAUUGCUGAUGAGACUUCUGUUACCAGAGGAAACCAAGGAGAAUCAUCCUUUCAGAGCCUGGCAGAUAAAGCCAUCACCUUUUUCUAUUUUGAUUUCUUAGCUUCAUGGCCACGAACUCCCAGUUGGAUAUCCUUUUAUGGAGGUGAUACCUUCUAUUCCAACUUCGCAAGAAUUUUUAAGCGGCUGAUACAGGAAUGUGGAUCACCAGUUUUAAAGGCUCUUCAGAACACCUUGGAUGAAUUUUCUAGUGCAAAAGAGAGAUCGAAACAGUGUGUAGCUGCCGAAGUGAUGGCUGGUAUCCUUCAUUCUGAUGUUGGUGUCCUUUCAGAGGCCUGGGAUGAGUGGAUGAUGAAUCAACUUCAGAAAAUUAUGGUGGCAUCAUCUGUAGAAACAAUACCUGAUUGGGCAGCUUGUAUUCGGUAUGCAGUUACAGGGAAAGGGAAGUAUGGCACAAGAAUCCCUCUUCUGAGACAGCGAAUAUUAGACUGCUUGAUAGUACCCUUACCUCAAACAAUGGCCACUAACAUUGUGUCAAAGAGGUAUGCAUUCCUCUCAGUUGCACUGGCUGAAAUAUCUCCACCUAGGAUGCCCAUUGCUGAGGUUCAUUAUCAUCAUCAACUUCUGGAAGAGUUAUUGGAUAACAUGAGCCAUUCGUCUGCCCAGGUGCGGGAAGCUAUAGGAGUCACUCUCUCUGUGCUAUGUUCAAAUUUGCGGCUCAGUGCAGCUUCUGUGCAUUCUUCACCAGAAAAGGUUGAGGAAGAAGGGGGUCUUAUGGUUGGACUUCUGCAAAAGAAAGAUUGGGCAAAGCUUCUAACAGAGGGAGUUUCUGAGUUGGCAAUGAAUAUUCUGAGUAGAAAUCACUCUGACAGCAUGGAGAUCACUGGAGAGUUAACUCAUGAAAAUGUCUCAGUUAACAAAGAAGUGAAGGCAGAUAUCAGAAGGAUGGAGACGAUGUUCCAUUUUCUUAUCUCAUCUUUGAGAUCUGGAAGAUCCUCUUAUUUGUUAGAUAUAAUUGUUAGGCUCCUCCAUCCUGUCAUUUCAUUACAGGAAACAUCAAACAAAGAUUUGUCAACACUGGCCAAGACAGCUUUUGAAUUACUAAAAUGGAGGGCAUUACCACGGCCUUUCAUGGAAAGUGCCGUUUCAGUGAUUCUUUCUUCAGUAAAUGAUCCCAACUGGCGAACAAGAUCUGCAUGCCUUGCUUAUCUUCGUGUCUUUAUGUACAGGCACACAUUCACCCUUUCAGGAGUGGAGAAACAAGAAAUAUGGAAGUGCAUUGAGAAGCUACUCGUGGACAACCAAGUUGAGGUUAGGGAGCACGCGGCAGGUGUCCUUGCUGGUUUAAUGAAGGGCGGAGAUGAAGAUCUAUCAAGGGCUUUUCGUGAUAGAUCCUGCACGGAAGCAAAUUUGAUGCUCAAGCAACGAAAGCAAAGGAAUUCUCGUUCUAAUCAAUCUAUAGCUUCUAUACAUGGUGCUGUCCUCGCAUUGACUGCAUCAGUAUUGUCAGUUCCAUAUGAUAUGCCCAGCUGGCUACCUGAUCAUGUAACGCUGCUCGCUCAAUUCAUCGGUGAACCUUCACCCAUUAAAUCCACUGUCACCAAAGCCGUUGCUGAGUUUCGGCGUACGCAUGCAGAUACUUGGAACAUCCACAAGGAUGCGUUCACCGAAGAACAACUGGAGGUUCUUGCAGAUACAUCAUCAUCUUCUUCAUACUUUGCCUAACAUGUCAGUGGGCGAAUCAAGCUGCAAAUGGUUGGAAAAAGAAAGAAAAUAUUUAUGUUUAUUGUGUGUAAUAUCAUUAAAGAUCGGAGUUUCUGUUCUUUUGAUGUCUUACAGACAAAUAUCCGCGUAGCUAGUGAUCAAUUCAAUUGAUUGGUAUUUAUAAAACCGGUAGAUGAGUAUAUUUAAACUCUAUUCAAGCUAAUAACAUCAUAUAUUGUUGGCAGUAA